GUCAACUCUAAAUACGCGAAUGCGUUCAUCUCUUAAUUUAACGACUUGUGCUAUACAUAUUGCGAAAUUUUCUAACUCAUUUAAUAUAUGACCAAAUUUUUUCUUUGAAUUUUUUUAAUUUUUAAAAUGAAAAAAGAUUAAUUUAAUUGUUAAUUUCGAGCAAAAAACGCUCUAAAAAUAUUUCGCUUUUUUUGCUUUUUUGCUAAAGAGUUUCUUGCAGUAUAGCACGUGUUCUUAUUUUAUAUAAAAUGUUUGUAUUUUGUGUGUAAAAUAUAACAAAAAAAAAGAGGAAAAAAAACAAAAUGUGCGCAGUGCAUAGAUAAUGUGGAAAAUUUUUAUUUCUAAUAAGAGCUACGUUAAGCUCGAAAGGCAUUUUUAAAGUAAUCGAAAAUUUUUGAUAAGAAAUGCUGCUUAGCUACAAUUUCAUCAUUUAGUGAUUUUUGGCUUACAUUUAUUUCUCAUCGAUUUCGGCGAACGGAAAAAAAUUUGUUCAGCAAUUUACUUUUAUCAAAUAUGUUUCUAAGCUAAAUGACAAAAGAAAAAAAAAAAAAAGCGGAGAUACUAAAAUAAAUAAAGGACCUUCAAGCAAUAUAUGCAAAAGAGAGAAGUAUACCAUUGAGAGUGUCGGGGAGGGAGGUCAUCUGCAAACCACUUGUGACCCAUCUCCAAUCCGGUAUAUGGCAUCGCAAGGUUUCUUAUUCGCACCGAACAACUGACACAACUGUUCCCCAUAUAUUAAUUGAUCACGAUGACGCACUGGGAGGACUUUUAUAAUACGCAUCUACCACCAACGGAUUUCGAAGAUAAUCGUUCGCUAUUAAAGGAAUUUUGCGAACGACACAAUAAAUUAAAAAAUCGAAUUGUCCUUGUAACUUCAGGUGGUACAACAAUACCUUUGGAGCACAAUACUGUUCGCUUUGUGGAUAAUUUUAGCGCUGGUACACGCGGUUCCUCUUCCGCCGAGUAUUUUCUUGAUCACAACUAUGCUGUGAUUUUUAUGUAUCGUCAAAAAUCUCUUGAGCCAUUUACACGUCACUUUACUGGUCAACAAUUUUUUGAUAUGCUUGAUAUAACCGAUAAUGGCCAAAGCACCACAAUAACCGUGAAACCAGAUUCAGUUGAUGUGUUUGCACCAAUAUUGGCCAAAUAUAAGCAUGCACGUGAAUCCCAAAUGAUACUUUAUAUGAGCUUUACGAGUGUUGUGGAUUAUAUGUGGUUACUGAGAGCGACUUGCGAAUGUUUGACUGCGUUUGAGGAUCGAGCCGUGUUAUAUUUGGCGGCAGCCGUAUCAGAUUUUUACAUUCCGCAGGAUAAAAUGCCUACACAUAAAAUACAAUCCGGGGAAGGUCCUCCUACGAUAUCAUUACAAUUAGUACCAAAAAUGUUGGCACCUUUAGUCAACUUAUGGGUGCCACAUGCAUAUGUUGUUUCGUUUAAAUUAGAGACAGAUGAGAAUCUAUUGAUUGCGAAAGCCCGAGAUAGCUUAAGUAAAUAUAAACAUAAGUUAGUUAUUGCGAAUAUAUUGCAAACACGUAAACAUCGCGUAGUUUUCGUAACUCCAACGACAUCCUACGAAGUACAUUUAAGUCGAGAGCAGUCAUUGCAAGGCCUUGAAAUUGAGGAACCAAUCGUCGCCGAUGUAGUUCUCAAGCACAGCGAAUUUAUUAACAUUAACUUUAACACUGAUCAACGUCAGCGAGGCAGCGUCGUCGCAUCCAAGUAGAUUUUGUGCUGUGAUAAAAAAAAAAAUACCCGAAACAGUAAUGGGAUGCAGUAACUAAAUGCACAAAAAAAAUUCAUACGAAUUGUCUUUGGCAACUUACCAAUUAACUUAGCGACUUUCAAUACAAUAAGAAUAUUGAUAGAUCAACUGUCACGUCCGCAUAUAACAGGGCACUUUGCAACUCGACCGAAUUCAAGAUGAUGGGUAAUCGGAAGAUUCGCUUCAUACUGAAUAUAAUUUUUAAUAAAUUUUUGCUUAUUAAGAACAAUUAAGUACAAUAAAUCCGUGAUUAUUUCUUCAAUUUUUCUUUUAUAGAGAAUAUAAAAAGACAUUUCAGUUAUAUAUUUUUGGGAUAUGGUGUUAUAGACCUUCACAUUAAGGCCUUUGUAUUGUGAGACUUAUAUGCCUAACAUAUUGGUAGUUUAUAUAGCAUAUAAUAAGCGAUGUACGAUUAACGUUGCAAAGUUUGGUUAAUAAAGAUUAGUUUUAAGACAUAAAUCAAAAAAAAAAAAAAAAAAAAA